UCCUGCAUUGCUUCAACAUUCUGCAAUGCACGUUGAUCCCGACGUCAAAACACUUGUUCGAUUCAAAUCCACGUCACUUCGUAGCCCCGACGUCAUCCACCCGAGAAGAAGUAUAAAAACCGGAAGGGUUUCGCCCUUUUUGCCACCGCGGAGUGCACCAAAACUUUUUGAAAGAAAUGGGACUCAUCGUUUAUCUCCACUUGAUUUCGUUGAUCGUAAUGUCUCACUCUGCACCAGAAUGGAACCUGACCGCCAUGCAGCGUUACAAAAGAAACUCAUCCAAGGCUGAGGGUGCAAAGCUGGAGACAGCGUCCAUCGGAAAGGAUAGUGCUCAUUUUCUGGGCCAGAACUGGAAGCAUGCUAUGGUCGUGGCCGCCUAUCUCGAUGGGGAAGCACACAUGAGCAGUCAGAAGUUCGACAUCCAUCGUUACCGUAUGGUCAUGUCUGUUGACGUGUAUUGCAAGGGAGUCAAGAACUUUUGGGUAGGACUGUCCAUCCAGCUGUGUCCCGGUCAACACGACAACAAUCUUCACUGGCCUUUCAAGUCGCGCUUUACUUUGACAGUCCAUCACCAGUCUGAUGAGCACAAGGAUGUUUCCAAGACGAUCACGCCGUCCAAUGUUUCACGCCUCGAAACUUCUAAAAAGCCGCACGGGCAGUGUAACCCCAGGUGGGGAGAUACAGAAAUUAUCCGCUUCGUAGACGCUGAAGUAGGCGGAUUUGUGUACGAUGAUUCAAUUUCGGUGUCAGUCAAAAUUCUUCCAGACUGAAUGACCGCCACCACCACAAUCGAAGUGCUGGAUCGCACAUUCCUUCAGCGAAUUUCUUUUAAGUAGAGAAUUGAUCGGGGCACAAUUUCUAAGAGUACUAGAUGUGUUGAUUUGUGUUUAUUCUUUACGAAGGGCACAAUAAUUUUACGAUAAUAAAUCCUGUUUUUACGAUA